AUGAACGAUAUGGCUCUCCCACCAGAGGAACAAACCCCAACAUCAUCAAGCCCCGAGAAGUACCCCUAUGAAGCCCGCAUCAGGGACUGCUUUCGGUGUUGGCCGACGGCCGCCGUGUUCUACCAAAGUCUAAUCGACUAUUUACACACGACAUCCAGUGACACCUUCUCACCACUGCAGGUACCAACGACUUAUUUGUUGGGCCAUCACUUGGACAGGAAUGGCCGGACAGAAACCCCGCAUGGGAGCCCGGUUCCCAGGAGCCAGAGUUUCUCCUCCUCAACCUCGGCGAAACUAACGCAGCGACCCUCUCUCCCUACAUCCAUUUCAACGCCCACCACCGACUUCCAGCGGGCCCGUCUAGCACGCCAGUCCCACCUCACCGUAGUGGAAGGGCUGCUGGCGCCGGAAUCCGUUGGGAUCCUCGGGGAAAUGUACCAAACGCGGCCCGAGUUCUUCAUCGACCACCUAGCAUUCGAUAGUUGCGGCUACGGAUCCGACUCGAGGCCAGGAGGUGGGCGAGAUCAGCUCCCGAACCUGCCGUCAAAGCGGGACAACAUCAUUCACGUGAGGUUCAUGUCCAUGCUGAAGAUCUCGGGCAACGCCCAGACGGUGCAGCCUGCCCAGCGCUUUUCCGCUUCUCUCACCAGCCGGUUCGAGCGCCGUACCUCGUUGGAGGCCAAACGCAGCGCGUACGACAGGCGUUUGUUCCAGCAUAAACAUUAUGGCGCUACCCGGUUCAGGGCCCUGCAUGUCCACAAGGAGGAGUGGCUGACGGUGGAGCAAAUGGUCUCCUUCAGCGUCAAACGCGAGGGCGACAAGAUCUGGCAUGGUCUGCUCCUCCUAGACGGCGGCCGGGAAUUCGAGAACGUGGACCCCCCCUGGGCCGAAUACAUGGACUCGGACAAAGCCUCCGACUCCGACUCCGACCCCUCCACCAAAACGGGCUUCAUCCCCGUCAUCCCCUACAACGUGCCCGCGAUCCCGCCCUCCGUCGACGAAGAGCAACUCCAACAAGCCAUGCUCAAAGUCCACCGGCCCUACCACCCGGCCAUCGACCUCCUCCUCGCCACAGCCACCACCACCACCACCCUCAACAGCCCCCCCACCUCCCCCAACCUCACCACCAGCGACGCGCACCUCCUCGCCGAAGACCCCUUCUACAUCCUCAGCCGGGUGUACCACGCAGCCGCCCGCACGCGCAUCCAACUACUCAGCUUCCUAGAAGCCGACAUCACGGAAUGUUCCGCGGCCAGCGCCGGCGGCGCCAUCACAGACGGCGCGCAGCAGAGCCUGGUGCUCGACCAGCUCCGCUUCAACCUGCAGCUGGUGCGGCGGGUGGAGCGGUUCUGCAAGGAGGACCUGGGCAGCAUCGGGCGGCUGGGGUCGGCGGGGUGGCCGCGGGCGGGGACGGAGGAGGGGCGGGAGCGGAUGGGGGAGAUCAAGGAGCAGCUGCUGGAGGAUUAUGGGUUUUUGGUGGAGCAGUGCGGGCAUUUGGCGCUGCAGUGCGAGACGGCGAGCGGGGCGCUGGUGAGUUUGGCGCAGUGGAUGGAUGCGCGGGAGGGGAUCAGGGAGUCGGGGAAUGUGGCGAAUUUGACCGUGUUGGCGAUUGUGUUUGUGCCGUUGGGGUAUGUGUCGUCGUGUUUGAGUAUGAAUGUGACGUUUAUUAAUGUGGAUGAGGGGAUUCAGAUAUGGAUUUGGGGUGUGGCUUCGGGGGUUUCGGUGGUGCUGACGGGGAUUUUGGUCAUGGCGUUGAUGAGGUGGAAACGGUAA